GUAGAAGCAAGGAGAACAGAAAUUUCAAAAAAUUAGCCGUUAUAGAGAAAAGAUAGAAGACGACUCAUAUUCACUAUAGUAUUGAGGUAUAUUUUCAGAAAUUAUCCCACAAGAUGAAUGAUUUGAUGACAAGAUCGUUCUUAAAUUAUGUGGAUUUAAAGAAGCAAAUCCAAUCAGACAAUGAAACAGAGAAUUCUGAUGCAGAAACAUGGCAACAAUUAAACCCAAUUGAUCAAGAAAACCUCUCUGUUUUCUUUGAAGAAGUUAAUUCAAUAAAAGCCCAAAUGGAAGAAAUUAAUAAUUUUCUUCAAGAUCUUCAGUCUCUUCAUGAAGAAUCAAAAACUACACAUAGUACUAAAUUACUCAGAGGGUUAAGAGAUCGAAUGGAUUCUGACACCAUUACUAUCCUUCGAAAGGUUAAGUCUCUGAAUUCGCGCAUGAAUUCGCUUGACAAAGCUAAUAUUCAAAAUCAAAGGAACUCGAUUACAUUUCAAGAAUUAAGUUCUGUGGAUAGAACUAGAGUGGAAGUUACUAAUGGGUUAAGGAUUAAAUUCAAGGAUAUGAUCAACGAUUUUACUGGUUUACGGGAAAUAAUCAUCCAUGAUAAUAAGGAUGAUUUCAGGAGAAAGUAUUUCAGGGCUACAGGAGAGGAACCCAGUGAAGAAAUUGUGGAGAAACUGAUGUCGGGCAGCUUGCAAAUCGAGGUUUUUGAGGGCCGAAUCGGAGGGGCAGAUAUGGACGAGAAGGGGAGGUACGAGAUUGUGAAAGAUAUUCAGAGGAGCUUGAAUAAAUUACAUCAAGUGUUUCUUGAUAUGGCGGUUUUGAUAGAGAAACAAGGGGAACAAAUCAAUGAUAUUGAGCAGAAUGUGGUGAAUGCAGGGGAUUAUAUCAGUGGAGGGACUAAUAAUCUUUACUAUGCAAAACAGAUGAAGAAAAACAGAAGAUGGGUGUAUUGGGUUUGGGGUAUUGGAUUUAUCAUCUUGUUGGUGUGUCUUAUUUCCUUACUUGCACUGAGAUGAUAAUUUUAUGUUUAGGGUUGUUGAGGAUUUUAAGUAUUAAAUGUAAAUGAAUCUAAUUGUAGUUUAACCUAACUUGUCAAUUCUCUUGGCUUGUUUCGGGUUGCAAUAGGCAAGAUGUAGAAAAGAUUUCCUUGAUAAUAAUA